GCUCUGAGGAGUUAGGAAGUGGAAGCUAUGGGCAUCGGUACAUCACAGACACAGUGACUGGUGAUGAUGAUGGAUUUGAUAUUGAUGAUUCAGACUACGACAUCUAUAUAGAAGAGCUCCGACCACUUCCUGCUAUUAAAGGAGGCAACAGAAAAUUUCUGGUUGAAACUAAGGUCACACCAGGAUCUAGUUCCAGACUCCUGUCACGGGUCCUCACAACCACUUCUGAACCCACUACCUCCACCCCCACCACCACAAAACCUUCAACCACAGCGAGGGCAACUACUGCCUGGGCAGCGAGGAGGGGCAGCAUGACUUCUGCUGCGCGCCUCUUUGAUCUGUCCUGUGAUGAGGCCAUCUGUUCUGCAGACAGCUUUUGUAUCAAUGACUAUGACCGAGGGGGCUCACGCUGCCACUGCAACUUGGGAAAAGGAGGAGAGACAUGUGCAGAAGACAUUAGUAUCCAGUAUCCUCAGUUCUCUGGUUACUCAUAUAUCACAUUUGAACCACUGAAAAAAUCCUAUCAGACAUUCCAAAUUACCCUGGAAUUCAGGGCUGAAUCAGAAGAUGGUUUGCUGCUAUACUGUGGAGAAAAUGAACACGGUCGUGGUGAUUUUAUGUCACUGGCAAUCAUCCGACGUAACCUCCAGUUCAGGUUCAACUGUGGCACUGGAGUUGGAGUCAUAACCAGUGAAUACAAAAUCAAGCUGGGGAACUGGCACAGUGUCACAUUGUUCAGAGAUGGAGUGAGUGGCUGGCUCAGGAUGGAUAACAAUGCUCCAGUAACAGGAAAAUCUCAGGGCCAAUACAGUAAAAUUACAUUCCAGACUCCCUUCUACGUUGGUGGUGCUCCCAGUGUGUACUGGCUGGUCAGGGCCACAGGCACCAACCGUGGGUUUCAGGGCUGCGUCCAGUCACUUAGCAUCAACGGAAAGAUGAUUGAUAUGAGACCCUGGCCAUUAGGGAAAGCUCUCAGUGGUGCUGACGUUGGUGAGUGUAGCAGUGGCAUCUGUGAUGAGGCAGCUUGCAUCAACAGUGGUACCUGUACUGCAAGCAAAGCAGAUUCAUACAUUUGCCUUUGCCCUCUUGGAUUUAAAGGUCAUCACUGCGAAGAAGCACUCACCUUGGCCAUACCUCAGUUCAACGAGUCCUUAAGAUCAUUUGCUAGCACACCCUGGCCCUUGGAACCACAGAAUUACCUUUCCUUCAUGGAGUUUGAGCUGACAUUUCGUCCAGAUUUAGAGACUGGUGUCCUUUUGUACAGCUACGACACAGACAGCAAGGACUUCCUCUCCAUUAACAUGGUGGCUGGUUAUGUGGAAUUCAGGUUCGACUGUGGCUCAGGAACAGCUGUUAUCAGGAGUGAAGAACCUGUCAGUCUGGGUCAGUGGCAUGAGUUGCGAGUGUCUCGCACGGCAAAGAAUGGUAUCUUACAAGUGGACAAACAAAAGCCAGUGGAAGGGAUGGCAGAGGGGGCUUUUACACAGAUUAAAUGCAGCUCUGAAAUAUUUAUUGGUGGAGUCCCUAGUUAUGAUGAUGUGAAGAAGAACUCUGGAAUCCUCAGACCCUUCAGCGGGAGCAUCCAAAAG